UGCGGCUACGCAAACAUUACCCGCUUUAUGCUUGUCACUUGAUAGGCGUACUCGUAUCACCAGCGCUCUAGGCACACAACAAAAAACUUUUGUAAGUUCGUGCAUGUAUGUGUGUAUGGUAUAUGUGAUCGUAAGCACAUACGCAUGCGCAUUGUUUAGCCCUAAUCGAGAGCAUGUCGGAAAGUUUAAGCAUUUGAUACGUUCGAGGGAUUAUCAGACCGGUUUUGUUCUUGUGUGGGAGACAAAACAUUGCCAAAAAGAUAUUUUCUAGAAGAAUUUUCAACUGUUUGAAAUUACAAACGGCACGACACAUCCGCGUUCACUAUCCGGAUCACUUGCACGAGCACACAUAUGUAGAUAGAAGUCAAAUCCGCGAAACAUGUAGGGAAAUAUCUAAGCUCUUACGAUUUAAUCACAAACAACCAAUUUAAGUAAUACAAAACAACAGCAAUAAUAGCAAUGGGUCGCGUUGCAAAGUAGGUGUGACGCUGAUUAGCGCGAGUGAUAGAAAUUGACAAAUAACGAGUGAUCAAGUACUGGUGAGCAAAUGUCUUUUUCUGUGGAAAUCUUCAUACAAACAAAUAGUUGAAUAUUCAUAAUAUUGUCCUCUUUUGUUUUUUGCUUUGCGUUGAAGAACAGAAUUAUUGUAAAUUUUCGUAUAAAUAAUUGUCCCUGAGUGACAGUUGAUAUCAGUUAACUCAUCGAAGUCGAUUAACCACAAACUAUAACAAAAUGAAAUUCCUCAUCUGCUUGGCUCUCCUCUUCGCCUUCGCUCAAGCCAAUCCUGGUUUGGUGGCUCCUUUGACCUACUCCGCCGCUGCUGUGCCCGCCUAUGCCACCUACGCUGCAUCUCCCUAUGCCGCCUCUUCAUAUGUCGCUUCUCCCUAUGCCGCCGCUCCUUAUGCCGCUUACUCCACCUAUGCCGCUCCUGCCGUCGCCACCUACUCUCACGCCGCUUACUCCGCCCCAGCAGUGGCCACUUACUCCCAUGUUGCUGCUCCUGCUGUCUACAGCGCUCCUGUUGCACGUGGCGCUGCGGUAGCUCCAGUUGCUCCAGUCACCUACUCCGCUCCCUUGGUGUCCACUUUGUUGAAGAAGAAAUAGACUGUUGACAAAAAAGUUAAUAAAUGGCAUAUAAAUAAAUCCAAA